CACAGGUGAAGCCUCACAUGCAGCCAGAGGGCAGAAGAAUCAACACGCACCCCCCAACACACGUGUGCGCGCUUCUUCCUCCUAGUCCUACACAAGACGCAGCGCACAGACACAGUCACAGUCAAUCUACAACACCUACAUAGUUAAGUCAUUAGUUAGAUAGGUAUUAGUUAGUUGUUACAGUUAUUUGUUAAUAAAGAAUAGUAUGUUUUAAUAGUAUUGAUUUAUUUCCGAUGCAGCCGCCGGGGAAUUUCGGGUUUUGUUUUUUUAUUGGGGGGGGGCUGCGGUUAACCGCGACACCGCGCCCCCUGGUGGUUCAUCACAGCGGUGAUGAAAAAUCCGACACCUUCACAGCUCUAUACCACACCCCAAAACAAACUAACUGCUGCCUUCUAAUAAGUAAACAAAUACAAUUUAAAAACUUUUCAUUCAUAAAUUUUAAUAUACUGUAUUGGGUUUACUGGAUUUUUUGAGAAGUGAAAGAAAAACGAGUCUGCAUAAAAGUGAAUUUGUUUCAAUCAUCUCACUUAUCUUGACUGUGGAUGUUUGACAGACGGAAACGUUUAUGUAAGGGUGUGGAAAAUGGGCAAUAGUUCAAGGGAAACAUCAGGUGCAGACUUUAGAAAGAAAAGAAGAAAAGAGAAGAGGAAGAAAAAAACACUCCAAGAAUAAAGGAAUGCAGGCGGUGUCCAAAAUGAACAAUUGCUAGGAACCAAAUACCACCAAAUUUAGUUUGAGUAGUAAAAUUUUGAGCAACAUUUGGCUAUUGAACGUUUCCACUUAAUUAGACUUGUCUUGUUAAUUAGCUGUUUAAUAUCUUAUUUAAUCUAAGAUGUUCUGCCAUUGUCAUUAACAGUCAAUGCUUCAGAUGCAAUGUACACAAUCAUUUGUCUUGUUUUGUUCAGUUUUAUGUGGCGCUGUAGCACAAAAACAGAAGAAUGUGUUGUUUAGUUUCAUUGAUGUUCAGUCAUGAAGCAAACAGAAAUGACCGGAAUUAAUUCAUUCAUAAUUCGUGUCAGGGUUGUAUUCAGCUCAUGAAAAAAGGGGCGUUUUUAGCAGAACCAGACAGCGUUCAAAGAGAAAACACACAAACUGAUUCCUGUUAGGUAUGAACUAACUUACAUACUAUGUCUUAAUUGUGAAUUCAACUAUAAACGUACAUUAUAGUUAUAUGAUUAAUAAAGUAAAAAUAAAUAAUAUAUGUUUAUGUGUUAGUAUUUAUGCAGGCUUUGAGUUAUUGAGAGCGGGGCUGGAAAGGGGGAUGAGGAUGGGGGCCGCCGUCCGGGGUUUCGCCCAGGGCAUCAAAUUAGCCAAGACCGCCUCUGGUACAUGCUUCAAAAUACGUACGAAUUACUUUCAAAAUUUUGAAAGAAUGAUCAAAGAAAACUUUCACAAGGCAGUAUACUGCUAAAUUAUACUGCGAUUUAAAUAACCUAUUUUCUUGAAUGCGUAAAAUGUUUAUGGCUACGUGUACGUCUGAGAGAGUCGCUCUUUUGCGUACAGAGGCGCUGUUCCUCGGAUCUGCUCCUGUCAUAACCACCAACAGAUUUUAUUACGGGCACGAGACAAGGAGGAAGGCAAAACAGCACAAGGAGAAUCGGGUUUUCGUUUAGUCCACUUCAUUGAUUCAUUCCCAGUUUCUCGUCUUGCGGGCUCCGCUGACAACUCCGUUUACGCUUGAAUCAAAACUCGAUUUAGGAAUCAACAAUUAGGUUCACAAUGGGAGGGCUUUUCUGCCGUGAACCCUGGGACAGGUACGUCUGGAUAUCCCUGCUCUUCGUCGUGGUUCUGAAAUGCGCCACGGCUGUAACGCACUACUCGAUUCCCGAGGAGAUGGAAGAAGGAUCCGCCGUCGCAAAUCUCGCCGCAGAUUUGGGCUUGGAUGUGAAGACGUUGGUGGAGCGGAGGAUGCGUUUAGAGCUCAUCGCAAACAGGAAAUAUCUGGACGUGAAUAGGGAGACCGGCGAGCUUUAUGUGGUGGAGCGGAUCGACAGAGAGUCCCUCUGUCCGGCAAAGACGUCAUGUUUUCUGAAGAUGGAAGCAAUCAUCGAAAAUCCAAAGCGCAUAUUUUACAUCGAGUUGGAAAUAACUGAUAUAAAUGACAACGCGCCGCAUUUCAGGAGAGACACUGUAGAUUUAGACAUUUCUGAAGCCACGCAGCCUGGUGAGCGCUUUUCUGUGAGCAAUGCGGUUGAUCCAGAUGUGGGAUCGAACUCUGUAAAAACGUAUCAUUUAAGCGAAAGUGAUUACUUCACAAUCGAGAUCCAAACAGGGAGAGAUGGCUCCAAAUUUGCAGACUUGAUUUUGAAAAAAGGUUUAAACAGGGAAGAGCAAGCUAGUCAUCAUUUAAUCCUGACUGCCACAGACGGGGGAAUGCCGUCUCGUUCUGGCACAGCCAGCAUUAUUGUUCAUGUUUUGGACACAAAUGACAACGCCCCUACCUUUGAAAGAGAGAGCUACCAGGUCAGCAUUUUGGAGAAUUCUCCCAUUGGUAGUCUUGUUUUUCAAUUAAAUGCAACUGAUUUAGAUGAAGGGUCUAAUUCAGAGGUGAUAUACUCAUUUAGUCUGUACACAUCAGAAAAAACCCAAGAAACCUUUCAUUUAAAUCCAGUUACUGGUGAGAUUACAGUCAAAGAAGUGUUAAAUUAUGAACAUUUCAGGGUGUAUGAUAUGGAGGUGAUAGCGACAGACAAAGGAACCAAAAGUUUGUCAGGACAAUGCAAACUAAAAAUUCUAGUGGAAGACAUGAAUGAUAAUCAUCCUGAAUUAUCCAUCAAAUCCUUUCAGAGUCCAGUGAGUGAAGACAUCAAGUUAGACACAGUGAUCGCUGUAGUGAGUGUGAGUGACAAAGACUCAGGGGAAAAUGGAAUAGUUGAUCUUCACAUUCCUGAUGAUAUGCCUUUCAAACUGAGAAAGUCCUCUGAUAACUAUUAUGAAUUAGUGGUUUCAGAGGCUUUAGACCGUGAGAAGGUCCCAGAAUAUGACAUCACCUUCACUGUGACAGACAGAGGUUCUCCUCCUUUGUCCGACAAUGAAACCAUGACUUUAGAGCUGCUGGAUGUAAAUGACAAUGUCCCACAGUUCCCCAAGUCCUUUUAUACCAUCCGUGUGAUGGAGAAUAAUGCCCCUGGGGCCCUGUUGGAGUCUCUGAGUGCGUUUGACCCUGACCUCCAUGAAAAUCAGUAUCUGGUUUACGUCAUAAUAGAGAAGGAGAUCGCCAACACCUCCAUGUCCAUGCUGUUCUCCAUCAAUCCAGAGGAUGGGAAACUUCACGCACUGAAAACCUUUGACUAUGAGAUUGAGAAGGAGUUUCUUUUCCACAUCGAGGCCAGAGACUCUGGCUCUCCUCCUCUCAGCAGUAAUGUGAGCGUCCACAUCAUCAUUGUGGACCAGAACGACAACGCUCCUGUCAUUGUGUCUCCGUGGCGUGCACACGGCUCUGUGGUGGAGGAGAAGAUUCCCAGAUCCACAGAUAAAGGCUCCCUGGUUGCCAAGGUGAUCGCUUUGGACACGGACUCUGUGCACAACUCUCGGAUUACAUACCAGUUCCUCCAGGUGACUGAUGCCACCUUGUUCAGUCUGGACCAAUACAACGGAGAGAUCCGGACCAUGAGGAUGUUCAGUUACAGAGACCCGCGCCACCAGAGACUGGUUAUUGUUGCAAAGGACAACGGGGAGCCGGCUCUCUCUGCUACAGUCACCAUCAAGCUGUCAACAGAGGAGACUGCUGUUAAGGCCUACUCUGACAUGACUGAGGUGCCUCUGGAAUAUGACAUCUUUUCAGACCUCAACCUGUAUCUGGUGAUUGGUCUGGCCUCGGUGUCUUUUCUCCUGCUCAUCACCAUCUUGGUCACCAUCGUGCUGAAGUGUCAGAAAGCCAAGCCCAGCAAAGCGGCUCCUCCCAGCAGGAACAGUGUGAUCAGUGAGAGGAACUCCACCAUCGCAGACUCCACUCUGGUGUCCAAUGAUGCCUACUGGUACAGUCUGUUUCUGGCAGAGACCAGGAAAGGGAAGCUGGUGGUUAGACAGCCUGUGCCAAAGGGCUCCAGAUACAUCGUGUCCAGCAUUCCAAGAGGGACAGGACUCACAGACACUAGUGACUCAGCUGCUUCCACUCUGCAGUACCCUAAAUGAGGAAAAUCCACUCGGCAGCUGGAGGCUUCCACCACCAGCAGCAGCAGUUCCACUUGAGGCUGUUCCCCAAGCUGCUUUUUGUAUAAAGGGAAACCGAAAACUAUUUGUGGAAAAUGAGAUCUCCUUGUCAGCAACCAGCCCACAUCCAUAGCCCGUAUCCACUUUGCUCAGUCUGGUCCUCGUUCUUUAACUCUGUGUGUAGUCGUCAUGCUGUCAUAUCAACAACUAAAGCUAGAAAUAUUGUAUCAGUACUCCCAUGUUCUUUGAGCUAAUGAAAACAAAUCAGCAAUAGCUCUGUGUGGCUACAUGAUGCAUGAGACUGCAUGACUUCAACCUCCUGUAGAACUGUUGUGCAAAAGGUUUUCAGAAGGACAUACCCAAAUAUGAACAAACUGUUAAUGGAAAUGUACCAGAUAAUAUUCAAAAAAGCCACAACAAGGACUAUUGGGGAAGACUUGGGAAUGUCAAAAUGCCUUUAAGCAUUUACCCUGUGCUUUAUCUUGUUAUUUACCUGCAUUAAUGCUUUUCAUCAGUAAACUAAAAAAGCGACAUAGCACAAAUGACAGAAAUGCUGAACGACCACGUACAAUAUAAACACAAGUAACGGUGAAUUGUUUUCUAGAUGUAAAAACGUUAAACGUUUUCAUUGAUAUUGUGCUUUGUAACUGACCAAGGCCUAAGUACAAGAACAAGAGUGCCAAGUUCAGAAAAAGACCCGCAAAUGAUGGCCUUCAGCAACCAUGCCUUUCAGAUUUUUUGCAUGAAGUAAUCUGUGUACUUUGAUAGCUUUUGGUGUUUUAAAGUGUUAAACAUAUCCUUUUUACUCUAAAAAGCCACAAUAUAAGUUUAAAUACAGGGUGGAAGAAUGCAUUAUAAUGCAUCCAGAAGAAAAGAAGUCAACGUUCAACUUGAUGUAUUUUUAUUCAUUUAUGCAAAAACAGCAAGUUGAAGGUGCAAUGAAUGCAUACUGGGUGUGAAUGUUUAGUGGGAUUGUACUAGGGAAAGCAUCUCGAGGUUUAGACUGUAAUACCUUUGAAAUACUGUAAAUACACUUGAAGCACCAAUUUCAGGUUAAAAAGUGUGUAAGGUGUUUUCUGAUUUCAGAAUCAUUUAUGAAAAGUCAGAAGCAAGCAUGGAUAUCAUCAGUACUAUUUUUCACCUAUUCAACUAUGUUCAUGCUUAUCAAUGAUAACUGUAUUAUCUGUAUACCCAACACAUUUUCUGAUGUAAUGGUUUAUCUAUUUCAUCAUAUGUUUGUUUACAAAAUUUUCUUUUCAUUUUCAGUAUUGUGCUAUUGCAUAUAUUAAUUGCAAAAAAUAGUGUGUUCUCUGAUUCUGUAUGAAAGAGGUGAAAAACCAACAACACCCAUUUAUUCCAAACAUUUAGCACUGCAUACAUUGUGUGUCUCUCUCAAUGUCUGAAUCUGUUUCAGCCAAAUAAAUAAAUACCAUUAUUUUGUAUUGUGUAACCACAAUGGUAGAACAUGUUGUCAGUUCUGUAUACCUGUUGUGAUCUGAUCAGUAUGAACUAUUAAAUUUAAAGAUCAAUGA